GAAGCCGCAAGCCUCGAUGAGCGUCUGCAAUCUCACCGCCAAUAUCGCAAACUCGAUCGUUGGCUUUGCCGUGCUGACGCUGCCGACAGGGAUGGAGCGGCUGUCUGACAACGGGAUGGCGACCUCCGAGGCGCUCGGCGUCGGCGUCGUCCUGCUGCUGGUUUUCGGGACGCUCAACGCGUGGACGUUUACCCUCAUUGCCGAGGCUUGCGAGCGGACAGGGACCUGCUCGUAUACGGCGGCGUGGCAGAAAACGCUCGGGCCGCGUACUGCGUGGCUGGUCUCGUCGAGCACGCUGCUGAUCAGCUUCAACAAUGCGGUCAUCUGCCAGUCCAUCAUUGGCGUCUGCUUGACAGACUUGAUCGGCUUCUUCCUCGAGCCGCCAGAGGAGCUGCCGCGGCUGCGCAUCCAGCUGCUCGUGGUCGUCGCCGUCCUCUUACCGCUCUGCCUUUUGCCUUCCCUCAAGCCGCUCUCUGCCGCGUCGACCUUUGGCCUCGCUGGAACAGCGACGACAGCAGCGACGAUGGCCGCGCGUGCUCUCGACACGUCCUACGGGCCCGAGGGCAAGUUUUUCGAGGUUGUGCAGUGGGUCCCCACCUUCGAGCAGCGCGCGGCAGACCCUGAGGGCGAGAUCGCCGGUCUAGCCGCGGUCGCGCCGAGCGCGAGCAGCGUGGCCUUCUUCCUCUCGCUCGCAUCGAGCGCGUACCUGGCACACUUCAACGCGCCGCUCAUGUACGCAGAGACGCGCCCCGACCGACACGGCUCGCGCCUCGCCCCUUUCCGCGCUGCCGCUGCCAUCGCCUUCUCUGCUGCAGCUGCGCUCUUCAUCAGCAUCGGGGGCGCCGGGUUCGCUACCUUUGGCGAGGCGGUGCAGGCGCUUGUCAUCAACAACUACGCUGCUGCCGACCCGCUUGCCGCGAUCGCCCGGUGCGGCCUCUUCCUGACCGUCCUCUUCGAGUUCCCGCUGCUGGAGCGCCCCUUUCGCCUCACCCUAGCGGAACAGCUCGGCAGCUCGAGCGGCGGCAAAGGUCGGAUCCACGUCUUCCUCUCUCUCGGCGCCAUCACCGCAGUCGCCUUGGCCGAGCCUCCCCUCGACCAGCUGGCGGCGUUGGGCGGCGCGACGGGUGGCUCCCUCCUCAUCUACAUCGCCCCCGCCCUGAUGACGCUCCGCCUCGCGAGCCGUACCAUCCUCCCGCGGUCG